GUCCGUCGGCGUCACCGCGCGGAACGCCGAGCCACUGCCGCUCCAGCAUUUCAAGUGCAAAGAGAGACCGAAGGAGGUGUAGCUUCUUACUUCCGCAUUUUUCCCGCCACUUGAAACCCUCUCAGUCUUCGACAUGGCUCGUACUAAGCAGACGGCCCGAAAGUCCACCGGAGGAAAGGCUCCGCGUAAGCAGCUGGCCACCAAGGCUGCGCGUAAAAGCGCACCGUCCACUGGUGGAGUGAAGAAGCCUCACCGUUACAGGCCUGGUACCGUGGCCCUUAGGGAGAUCCGAAGAUACCAGAAGUCUACGGAGUUGCUGAUCCGAAAGCUGCCGUUCCAACGCCUGGUUCGUGAAAUCGCCCAGGACUUCAAGACAGAUCUGAGAUUUCAGAGCGCAGCCAUCGGAGCACUCCAGGAAGCCUCCGAAGCCUACCUCGUGGGCCUCUUCGAGGACACCAACCUCUGCGCCAUCCACGCGAAACGCGUGACGAUCAUGCCGAAGGACAUCCAGCUCGCACGGCGAAUCCGCGGCGAGCGCGCUUAAGCGCCUUCUUCUUAGUUCUCUCCUUAAAAUAAUGUCUUUAACGUUAGUUUGUAAUAUCACCGUUUCUUACUCCCUCCCCCGCCCCCAUGAUAAAUCGUUACUUAUCGUCAUCGCUGUCCUUUGUACGCGUAACUCCUUCGGUCUGAAUAAUCAUUACGUAAGAAAGAUAGCAAAGUAGCAGAUCGAUACAACCCGUCACUCGGGUUGGUUCGGUCUACGGUGUAUUCACACAAGAACUUUAGGCUUCGAGUUCUGUGGGGAAGCGAAGAUGGGGUGGACUUGGAGUUAAUCGAAAGGAUGCAUUAGUUUUCGGUGUGCAAGUGAAUGCUUCGAAGAACUCUUUGAAGUGACAUGUUGUUCUUGUGUAUCGUUACUGCGAAGAAAUAGUUGAAAUUCAGGCCAUUGGUACUUCAAGUGGGAACUAGUGUUGGUGUAAUUGUGAAAGAAUUUGAGGGAGAUCUUUGUUCGAAGUGCAGAAAUCAAUUUAUCCAAUGCAGUGGAAAUUAUUAACCGCAUCUUUUCGAUUAACCCGAGGUUAUGGUUGUCGGUGUAGCCCCCUUCGGUCUGUCGUAUGAAAUCACAACGUACAAAGAAUCACUUUUCGUUAUGUCGAUGCUUUGCACUUGGGUCGGUCACUUGGUAACUGAUCGUACGAUGUGUUCACACAAGAACUGCAGGCCUAGGAAGUCUCAGAGGCUACGGAACUGCACUUGGGGUCACUUGAAAGGAUCGAUACACUUUUUAAUAUACUAGUAAAUUGUCUUCUGCUCCGAACAAAAGUUGCAACGAUCCUUGCUUCGAAGAACCCAGUAAUUAGGUGUGCCCUUCGAUCUUAUGUCAGUGAACAGGACUUCGAUACAAGAGAGAGUCUUACUCCGAGUGGGUUAUAUCGAAGCUAAUAAUCCUUCGCUAAGAAAUAUUAGCAGACAUUGAUUUCAUCGAAACUUUGUUCGAAAACAAUUAAUGCAAAUGUCACUCCGAAAGGGUCUUUGGGCACUUGUUACUCAAAGUAUUUGUUCGCAGUGUGUCUCAUUGCGAUAAGAAAUUCAGUUCAUGAUCAGCUAAAGAGACCGUUACAUUCCACGAAGAAGAAAGCCCAUUUGGCCUCCGAGUCCUUUCGCACACUCAUUGCUCGGAAUAAUUGUAAUUGCCCAAGGCCAAUUAGUUCUUGUCUAAGCACUCGUAUUUCACGCAGAAUAUUAAUAACGGCUUUCCUUUUAACUUUAGUUGGCGUACCUCGUCGACGGCGACGCGAAUAUGCUAUUAUUAAAUCCACGUAUUAUCUCUUAUCACUGUCCUGUUCAGCUAGGAGUUAUACCGAGAUGAUAGAUUCGUUCCCUCUCCCUCUCUGGCACAUUCUCCCCCUUUGUUUUUAUUUUUCUUCCUUUCAUUUCCCUGUUAGUGACGUAGGAGCAAUUCAUUUUUCCGUUCCUUUUUGUUUUUCGUCCCCUUCUCUUUGAGGUUUAUGGUGUUCCCCUCGUCCUCGAGAAUUUACGUAUGACAGCAUUCUAAUUUUACGUAGACAUAAUGAUUAGCGUCUAGACUGACAUAGAUAAGGACUAAUUUUUUUUUCUUGUCAUAUCCCGUAUUUGUGACUCGUGCGAGAGAUAACGAGAGAAAAAAAACACGUUCCGUUAUAAUAAAGGAUCAAUGUGUCUCUUGGAAUCUGCGAGUCCUUAAAAAAUUGUGCGUGCUUCGGUUUCCAUUUUUUUUUUUUUAAUGUAUGCUUCGGUUUUCAUUUUUUUUUUAUGUAUGCUUCGAUUUUCUUUUUCUUUUUUGUGCGACUUCGAUGUUUUUCAACUUAUCGGCUGUUUGUAUUAUAGGAGUUUUCUUGUCAUUUUUUUAACAUUACGGUAAUGAUUUUGUCCAUUUCGAAAGUUGCGUGUUUGAUAAAUUAUUUAUCUCGAGGUAUUAUUGAAAUAAAUCCUGAAUAUAGAAGUAUUUAAAUUUUGUGGAAAUUCAAGUCGCGUGUCAUGAUUAACAAAAUAAAAAUUGAAUGUUCUAAACGUA